AUGGCUCGCACCAAGCAGACAGCCCGCAAGUCCACCGGCGGCAAGGCCCCCAGGAAGCAGCUCGCCACCAAGGCUGCCCGGAAGUCCGCCCCGGCCACUGGCGGCGUGAAGAAGCCCCACCGCUUCCGUCCGGGUACCGUCGCCCUCCGUGAGAUCCGCAAGUACCAGAAGUCCACCGAGCUCCUCAUCCGCAAGCUGCCAUUCCAGAGGCUGGUGCGCGAAAUCGCACAGGAUUUCAAGACAGAUCUCAGGUUCCAGAGCUCCGCUGUGGCGGCGCUGCAGGAGGCGGCGGAGGCGUACCUGGUCGGGUGUUCGAGGAUACUAACCUUUGUGCGAUCCAUGCCAAGAGGGUUACCAUCAUGCCCAAGGAUAUCCAGCUCGCCAGGAGGAUUAGGGGUGAGCGGGCUUAGGUUUGAGUCGCUGAUUUGGGUGUGUAACUCGAAAUCCCUUCCCAUGUUUAUACUUGUGCUUGUGAUGGCCGGUUUUGUGCCGGUAAGCAAGGCGCAUCUAUGCAAGAGCACGUUUUUCUCUGCACUUUUCCAUCUCAUACCUUGCCGGGCUGCCGUGGCACCUUACAGCCCAAUUCCUCCUACCGAGGCUUGUUGUGCUUCAGUCAAGGCUUUGGGCCGGCCCUGUUUCUGCGUGCUUGUAAAUGGGCCUCCAAUUUCUGGCGUUGACCGGACCAUGGCCAUGCAGCUGCCCGAGAAGUGCACUGCAAACUUUGCACCAUGUGAAAUUGCUAAAUGACGAGGACAGGGCAAAGGGUGAAUUGCAGAUGAGUCAUGAAGGAGUAUCAGCUGACAGUUAUUUACUGUGGUCAAAUAAGUCUACAAUAAGCAAAUUUAUUGGGAGUUUGAAUUUUAUAGUAAUUGUUGUUGUCUUCUUUAAUCAUUCUUGUGGCUAGAAAUAAGUUUCUUUACAGCAAUUAAAUCAGUUUCUUUACAAGUUCUUUCUCACAGCAUGCACACACUUCUAUAAUCCCAAAAUCAUAAAUUGAACUAUAGAGAACAAGCAGAAGAACGGGGUUGAGCUAAAU